AUGGCAUCUCAUCAUUCAAGUCUUUCGUUUCCAAUUCCUCCAUUUCGUAGAGAAUUACAUCAUGGCGAUACUGGUCCCGAUGUUUUGAUAUUACAAUUAUUAUUAUCUCGAUUUGAGGAUUGGAAGAAGAAACAACAACAACAACUCGUACUCGGAACAUGCAAGAAAUCCAUUGUGCCUUUAUCAUCAUUGGAACAUUCAAAGCUCUCAACUGAUAAAGAAGUAGUUUACAUAACAACAACAACCAUUGAAAAAGAAGAAACACGAUUGGAAAUGAAUGGAAUUAUGAAUGAUGCAACGGAACAAGUGUUACAAGAAUUUGUAUUCCAACAAGAAGAACUUCAUCACGUAAUGAAAGAAACAUUUCAUGAUGAGAAAAUUGUAAAUUUUACUCCCGAGAUGGCUCAACAUUUAUUGAAAUUGUACAUGUAUGAUGAAUAUCAAGAAGAAUUUAUUGAUUGGAAAGAAUUUCAAGAAAAUGGUUCGCUUCUACUUUUGACAUGUUUGCCUUCACCUUAUUUAUUUUACUUGUACAUUCCAGUGAUGGAGGAUCGAACGAUUGAAACAGAAUGUAUGCUAUUCGACGCACGUGGUGAAUUGAAAUUUAAAUUUAGAGGAAGAACGAAAGGAAAAAUUGGAUUGAAUCAAUUAACCACUUAUGGAGAUACUCCUACUGGAUUGUAUACUUGUGAUUUGAAUUCACCAUUUCAAGAUGUGAAAAGCUUUGGACCGUAUAAUGUCGUUCGAUUGAUUCAAGGUUUAAAGGGAAAUGCCCUUCACAUUUAUCCUUCCAUUCGAUGUGGCAUUCUCAUUCACACGGGAGAAUGGGAAUGUAACGAUCCAAUGCCCAACUCUCUUGGAUGUAUUCACGUCACACCUCAAGAUGGCCAACUAUUGGCUCAUAUUUUAGAACAUGAAUUGCGAGUUCAAGUGCAUGAAAAUUUAUGUGGAAAAAUGCCGUAUCCAUUUCCAGUUCAAGGUUUAGUGAGUAUUGUACAACAAAAAUGA